AUGUCAGCUUCAAGAUUAUCAACAUUGCUUGGGAAGAGCAUCUUGAGACCAGCACCCAUCAAUGCCAGUCGACGUAUGGCAUCCACAUUGAGAUUGCCAAGAACAUCUCUGCUUCAGAGAGCCGAUGUAUCACCGCCAUACCCUAAGAAGCCCAGCUUCACUACAAGUCCAUACAACGAAGCCAUGGGCAACAUCAAAUCGCAAGCCAAGAUGGUGGCCAAGAUAACAGGUUAUACAGUCGUUUCAGUAACUACAGCUGUUGCAUUUGUGUGGCAAUUAACGCAUUGGUAUAUUGAAUGCAUGAUGUCUCCUACACCACCAGAACUUGGCUAUCAAGCUCGAAACUUGCUCCAUGGUGCCUACAUCCGCGAAACACUUGCUCCCAACUUCGAGGUGGCCUCAUUCUACGUCAGAGAAGCGCUUCGCAUCGCACUCGAGGAAAAGCAGCUGGAGGAAAGCUCGAAUACAGUGAUUCAAUUGCGAUUGCGACUUGCACACGAUGAAGCACAUGCUGGCAACUUGUUGGAUGCCAUUACAGAAUACACACGAUCAUGGAAGCUGUUGAUUGGAAAGGGAGACCACACAAGAGAAGCCGUCGAAGCAGCAAAACACAUUGGCGAUCUCUACCUGCGCAUUUCAGACUAUGAGCAUGCGGAAGAGUUUUUAGCCUGGGCUCUGCACAACGCUCAAGACGAUAAUACAUUGAAAUCCAAAAUCACAUUGACAUUAGCCAGCUUAUAUGCAUUACAGCGCAACUACCAGUUAGCAUUGCCAUUACUCAGCGAGACAUUAAAGACUGUGCCAGAGACGGAUGCUUGUUUGAGAGCCAUUGUGCAGAACCAGUUGUCAGAGGUCAUGUUUGGGCUAGGCAAGGUGGAUGAAGCUAUGGGUUGGGCUCAAGCUGCUAUCAAUGCUAGUGCAUCUGAUCUGAAAAAUCAAGAUUGCUUGGAAUGUGGCGGUGUUGCUUCCAACAACUUGGGCAAGAUGUUGGAAUUGAAGGGAGAGUUUGAUGAAGCAUUAGAAUAUUACAACCAGGCUGUUAACUAUUCUCUCUCAGUGCAUGACUCAGAGAGUAGGGAUAGAUAUAUUUUGAAUCACGAAAGAGUUAAAGAAAUGCUAAAGAAUAAAACCGAAUAG